AAAGGCAUAUCUCUUUUCCUCACUCUUUCACUUGAAUGUGGUGAAGUCAUUUCAGACCAGGGCGUGUGCUAUUUUCACGUUGGCAGUUCCACAGAGCGGGCUCUCUGCAGUGUUCUGUACGGAAGACGAGUCAAGACAUUCAGAGCGGGGAUCAGAAGACAAGCCACCCAGACUACCUGCACACACGCCAAUCCUGUCAUUGAUCAGCCAUGGCAAACAAAGGUCCGUCCUAUGGUCUGAGCCGUGAGGUACAAAGUAAGAUUGAUAAGAAAUAUGACCCAGAACUGGAGGAAAGGCUGGUUGAAUGGAUCAUGGCCCAGUGCGGCUCUGGAGCAGGCCAACCCGGAGAUGGAAAGACCGGUUUCCAAAACUGGCUGAAGGAUGGAUCUGUUCUUUGUGAGCUCAUCAACAGCUUAUAUACCACCAACAAACCAAUCAAGAAGAUCCAAUCCUCGACCACUGCAUUUAAGCAAAUGGAGCAAAUCUCCCAGUUUCUCCGAGCUGCAGAAAGCUAUGGUGUCUCCAAAAUGGACAUGUUCCAGACAGUCGACCUCUGGGAGGGGAAAGAUCUGGCUGCUGUCCAGAGGACCCUGAUGGCUCUUGGGAAUUUGGCCGUCACAAAAAAUGAUGGGACUUACUCUGGGGACCCCAAAUGGUUCCAUAAGAAAUCACAAGAAAACAAGAGAGAAUUCUCAGAAGAACAGUUGAAUGAAGGCAGAAAUGUCAUUGGCCUGCAGAUGGGCACCAACAGGGGAGCAUCUCAGGCUGGCAUGACGGGAUACGGGCGACCCAGGCAGAUUAUCGGCAACAAACCUUAAGUUCAGCCUAACACCCAAUUCUCCCAAAACCAGAGAUAUUCCUCCUCCUUCCCAUUUUAUAGAUCAGUCAAGGAGGGUGGAGAAGUUCCAUCGACUAACUUGACCAUGGAGGAGAAAGAGAGAGAGCGAUGUGAACUGAAUGUUUUUCAAAACUAAUGUGGACCAACAUAGGGAUGAAGGAAAUCAUAUGCAUAUAUGAAAAAUAAAUUCAACAUCCUCUUCAUGCUGCACACCUGCAUGAGUGUACACAUGCACAUGUAUACUCACACACACACACACACACACACACACACACACACACACACACACACACACACAAUGUAUGCAUAAUGACCAGACUGAUAUUCUGACAUGUGCUUACAACAUUUUCAAAAUUACAAUUUGACAAAGUAUGACCAUUCCAUUUAUAUGUUAUGUUCAUGUUAUGUUAACUAGUUCUGUUACUAGUGAGGCCAAAAUGUUGUAUAAGUCACUAAUGCUUCUAGCGUAUGCUUUACUAGCAUUGUAUUAUACUAGAAAAGCUGCAGUUAGGUGCCACCAUUCCUCUGUUGUCUAAUCGAGAUGUUGGGUCAUCUUCCAAGAGCUUGAUACGUUAUGAGUCAAAUAUUGAUGAUGAUUUUGAAAUAAAAUUUGAUUUAAUUUA